GUGUUUUACAGGUUGAAGGUGUACGGUGUUUCUUUUUGACAAGUUUUGAAGUGAUUUCAUCAGUCAUUCAAUAGAUUAGAGCCUGAUGGUAGCAACAAAACUGAUUUAUUUGGAGUAGAAAAUUUGAUGUGGGAUAGAUUUUGGAUAGGGGGAUCCUUUUUGUGACAAUUUAGAACUCAAUUGAAUUCUCUUUGUGGAGAAUCUUAUAACUACAGAAGGAUGAGGGGAAGAUCUGAUGGAGGCCAAAAGAAGCGUUCAAUCAUCUCUCUCUGUGUUAUGGCAAUUUUUCUUGGUUUUCUUUAUGCAUAUUAUGGAUCUAUUUUCGGAUCUUCAAGCCGUGGUGCUGCAGCUCUAGAAUAUGGCAGCAGAUCUUUGAGAAAACUUGGGUCAUCUUAUUUGGGUGGAGAUGAUGACGUUGAUGGCAAGCAAUAUGAAGGAGAAGAAGAUGCCAUACCAAAAACUUUCCCUGUCUGCGACGAUCGACAUUCAGAAAUCAUUCCCUGCUUAGACAGGAAUUUAAUAUACCAAAUGAGAUUAAAGCUGGACUUGUCUUUGAUGGAGCACUAUGAACGUCACUGCCCCCCUCCUGAAAGGAGAUACAAUUGCUAUCCUCCUCCUCCAGGAUACAAGAUCCCCAUUAAGUGGCCUCAAAGCAGAGAUGAAGUAUGGAAGGCGAACAUUCCCCAUACUCACCUUGCACAUGAAAAGUCUGACCAGAACUGGAUGGUUGUAAAAGGUGAAAAGAUUGUAUUUCCAGGGGGAGGCACCCAUUUUCACUAUGGAGCUGACAAGUAUAUUGCUUCAAUUGCAAAUAUGCUCAACUUUUCGAACAACAAUUUAAAUAAUGAAGGAAGACUUAGAACGGUUCUUGAUGUUGGCUGUGGUGUUGCAAGUUUUGGAGCAUAUCUUCUUUCUUCUGAUAUUAUAACAAUGUCUUUAGCGCCCAAUGAUGUGCAUCAAAAUCAAAUCCAGUUUGCCCUGGAAAGAGGAAUUCCCGCAUAUCUUGGUGUUCUGGGAACCAAGAGGCUCCCUUACCCAAGCAGAUCAUUUGAACUUGCUCAUUGUUCUCGCUGUAGAAUUGAUUGGCUUCAAAGGGAUGGGAUUCUUCUUCUUGAGUUAGAUAGGUUGCUUAGACCUGGGGGCUAUUUUGCCUACUCAUCUCCCGAAGCUUAUGCACAAGAUGAAGAAGAUCUCAGAAUAUGGAAAGAGAUGAGUGCCCUUGUGGGACGUAUGUGUUGGAGAAUAGCUGCAAAGAGGAACCAAACUGUCAUUUGGCAAAAACCUUUAACAAAUGAUUGUUAUAUGGAAAGAGAACCUGGUACCAGUCCACCCCUCUGCCGCUCUGAUGAUGAUCCAGAUGCAGUUUGGGGUGUGCCAAUGGAAGCUUGCAUCACUUCUUAUUCUGACCAUGACCAGAAAGCCAGGGGGAGUGGAUUGGCUCCUUGGCCAGCCAGAUUGACAUCUCCGCCUCCCAGGCUUGCUGACUUUGGUUAUUCAAGCGAAAUGUUUGAGAAAGACAUGGAAACAUGGCGCCGGCGGGUAGAGAGUUAUUGGAAUCUCUUGAGUCCAAAGAUUGAGGCAGACACUUUGAGAAAUUUGAUGGACAUGAAAGCAAACAUGGGAUCAUUUGCAGCUGCUCUGAAAGGCAAGAAUGUUUGGGUGAUGAAUGUUGUCCCUGAGGAUGGACCAAACACACUUAAGCUGAUAUAUGACAGAGGCCUGAUUGGCACUACUCAUAACUGGUGUGAAUCCUUUUCCACAUACCCUCGAACUUACGAUUUACUACAUGCUUGGACUGUCUUCUCUGAUAUUGAGAAGAAAGGCUGCAGUGCUGAGGAUUUGUUACUUGAGAUGGAUCGCAUUCUCAGACCAAGUGGUUUCGUAAUCAUCCGAGACAAACAACCAGUGAUGGAUUACGUAAGGAAGUAUUUAUCAGCUUUGCACUGGGAAGCAGUAGCAACAGCUGAUUCCAGUUCAGAUUCAGAUCAUGAAGGGGAUGAAGUUGUGUUUAUCGCCCAAAAGAAGGUGUGGCUGACAAGUGGAAGCCUCAGGAAUUCUGAAUAGAAAUAUUUCAGCCUCACGAUUUCCCCCUUCUCUCCCCUGUAUCUUCUGCAGCUCCCGAGGGAUUAAGAAGCUCUCCCGAAUUAGUGAUGCGAUAAACAAUUUCAUUUUGUAGCAUUAAGCAAUGCUUCAUAUUAUUUUUUUUUAGCCCUUUUUUCUUGUAAUGAAUUACUUGACAAGCCAUAAACUGGUCACCAUCAAUAGGCUAUUCAUCAAAAUUUUUUUAUCCCUCUCUUUUGUGGGUUGUCCAAAGCUACUUCAGCUUAUGACUAAUAAUCAAAUGCAAAAAUAUGUAAUGCUGAA